AUGGAGGUGACUCUCCCUGACACUAACAUUGUCUGCUCUCGCCGCAGUGGAUUACUUCGGGAUCCCCAGUCGCGCACCGUGCAGCAGGUGCGCUUACGCUGUACUGAGGGCGCCGUGGAGUGGGUGUACCCCAAUCAGGCAUUGCGGGUCGUGCUGGAGCCCAAUCUGUCCUCCGCACGCCACAGCACCGUCUGCAUUAAGCCCUUCGGGGGGUUCUGCGGCGCAAGCGUGUAUAUCGAGCGUGCGGGGGAGCUGCACCUGCUGGUGACUGAGGGCGGGAGGCCGGAGCAGGUGUACUGCUUUCGCGCGGACGGACCGCAGAAACCGGCCAUAUUCCUCCAAGCGACCCUCCAGAGGGACAUCGGCCGCCGCACCGUGGGUUUCCGAUACGAACUGCUGAGCAAUAGGAGCACCGCGCACGGGUUCCCCGCCACUAUGGUGCAGGCUGAAUGCCGGCCGUGCAACGACACGGAGCUCCUCUUUGCCGUCUGCAGCAGUGAUUUCGUGGUGCGAGGCUCCAUCAGCAACGUAUCCCAUGAUGCUCGCAGGCAGAUGUCGCUGGUGGAGGUUUCGGUGGUGCAGGUGUUCCGGCAGCGCAGCAGUGUGUUCGAGAGGCAGGCUGGCGGGACCGGGCCGUGGCGCGGUAGCAUGCUCACCCUGCGGCGCUGCCAGGUGAAGGCGGGAAGGGGGCAUUUCCUGUUCACCGGCGCGGAGCAUUUCGGCGAGGCCUGGCUGGGCUGUGCCCCACGUUACAAGGACUUUCUGUCUGUGUACCGGGCCGCUCUGCGGACAGGGCAGAACCACUGUGAGUUUGCUGUGGACUGACCCCUGCUGCUCCUGGGCCCCCACAUGAACACCUGCAGUCACUCCAGGUUGGGGAAUUCCCAUCCCUGAUGCCACAGGAGGUUUCCCCCGCCGUCUACACUGCGAACAAACUGCCCAGACUCUUCAGGGGGACUGUGACUCUUUAUGCUCAACUGGUUGGUUGAAACAAAAGCGCCACCUGCUGCUCGUCAUAAUGCUGCUUUUUUUGUGGAACAGCAGCAUGGCUGCAUGUGGCUCUUGAUUCUCAGAUGAGUUUUGCUGACAUGCCAGUCAGCUGUCUGUGAUUGGCAGGCAUCCCAUCUAUGGUGUCCCCCUGCCUUCUACCCUGUGCAUUCUGGGAUAGGCUCUGGAUCCACCUUGAUGCUGUACUCAAUUAGCAGCAGAGAGGAUGGAUGGAUGGAUGUCGGUUGUUUCAGGGAUAAUAUCAUUUUAAUUCACUUGAAUUGUCUUUUCAUUACAGGAUUUUGUUUUGUAGCUUAAUCGCGAAAUAAUUGCCAUGUUAAUGUUAGUUUAAAGUUGGUAUAUGCAGGGUAUGAAUUAUGAAAGAAUAUUAGAUUAAAUUUUGUACAGAAUGUAGGAAAGGAGGUGUAUGUACACAUUGCUUUGUCUUCAUUAUCAUUACACUUUAAAUUCAUCUAUGAAUUUACUUAAAAUGUAAAUUUAAAUGUGAAAUUCUCUGGUCAUGCUUUUAACGUAUUCUUUUUUUUUUUACCGUUUUACCCAUUGCAACUGUGUACUGAACGUAUAAUCCAAAAAUCUGGUGUCCUGAACGAGUUAAAUAAUUUAUGAUUGUUUUUUGAA